GAGAGACAAAGUUAUUCCCAUAAAUAACAUCCCCAGCGGCAGGUUCCAGAUUUAUAACUCUGCUAUUCUCUUAAGACGAUGAAUCGACAGAAUCUUACAACACUACACAAUGGUGGAGGCAUCAGUGGUCCGCCCUGCGGUCCAGGAGUCCCCAGUCACACACCAGAGACUGCGGAGUUGGGUAGUGCGACGCGCUCCUUCCCUCUGUCCAACAGUCUGGUGUUUUGUUUAACUCUGCUCUCUCACAGACUCUUCCAGAUCUUUCCUCACUGGAGGGAAUCAUGAGUGUGUCAUCGCUCUCUGCUGCUCUCGGGCUCUUAGUUACUGCAGUAGUUGCCCAACUACCUUUUACCACUAUCCCAACAAUUUCCGACGAAAUAAAAGGAAAUGCAUUGACUGGAGAAGCAGCAUCGUUCAUCCGCCUGUGGGAGUACGCCCUGGAGAAAGACGGUCAGGGACCCGCACCAGUCAACAGAAUUAAUUUUGAGGCCAAGACUAUCCUGGCACCGGGGACUCACGCCCUGGCCAGCCUGGUGCAUCAGGAUGCCGCCCACCCUCUCUACGGUAGCACCACUGCCUUGACCCUCCUCCGUCGGCAAUUUCUCCUUGACCACCUCGUUCUCGAGCCCUUAGAACCCUCGGACGUCCGUCUGGAUAAUGAGACCGGGGUUACACUUCUUACCUUCUCGCACAAGAACGUGACCAUCACUAAGGAUAACGAGGGUAAGUUAUCUGCAAAUGGUGUCCUCGUAGAGAACGUCACCAGUCUCAGUGAUGGCACCCAGAUUUACAUUCUGCAAGAGACCCUCUUCAACAAUAAGGAAAAGGUCAAGGUGGCAUUUCAGCGCCAUAAUUCUUUUAUUGAAGAGCUCAACGGACCCACAGGACCUCCCUUGGACAUCCCUGGCUCAGGGCAGCCCUCCAACACUCCAGUGAUCAGGGCUCCAGCACCACCACCUCUUGAAGAACAGAGUGGACCUCCAGCCCAUCCUUCAGUUAUUCGCGGUUCCGCAAUGCCCCCAGCACCUCCUGCUUCAAACUCUACUGAUGCAAAUACAUUUCCCAAUAGUCAAGGUCAGGUAAGGAGUCUCAAUUACCUCCAUGAUAAAGCCUGCUACCAGAAGCAGUUGCAUGGAGACAGUGAUAAGACUGACCGUACUGACUUGAAGAUGAUUAUUCUUCAAUGGUUACCUAUCCUUCGAGAGGAAUUAGGAUUCGGAAGACAAAUUAUGCUUAUGACUAAUGAAACAGUUCAAGAUCUUGUUAUGACAUCCAACGUUGGAAAUUCAGCAUCCAGUGACUACAAGACACUCUCAAGAGCUGCAUUUAUCUACGGCUUUGAGAUUGCACAUCAUCUAAGUGAUGAAAAAGGCCCUUACAUUGUGCUAGCACCAUCGGGGGCCGCAUUCUCCCAGCUGACUCGUAAGGAGCUUCGUCAAUUAUCUCGUGGGAAUGACCUUGCUUACCACCUCAUUCCCCUUCGAGGUCAACCUGCACCGGAAGUUACAAAUGAUUCGACUUUCAAAACUCUGCUAGGUCCCGAGCUCAGAUUUAAUGUGUACGGCAACUCUGUGUUCGUCAACGGUGUGGCAGUAUCGAGGGGCGACCUACCCUUCUCCACGGCACCAUCCAGUAUUCCUUAUGUGGUCGACUCUGUGUUGGAGGUGCCGGUUGGGGAGAUUCAGGCGGUAUUGGUGGGAAGCGGACACUCCUACUCUAGGGUGAACACACUGCUCAGCGCAAGUGACCUCGUCCAGUCAGGAACGUACACUCUGCUGGCACCGCCGGACUCCGCUAUCACGUCCAAGGGUUAUUCAUGGCCUGGACUGCUCAUGAACCGGGGACUGAGACGGGAUCUACUGGCCAGGCACUCUAUUAGGGGAGCCUGGUACUCUGAAGGUCUCCUGCAGCAGCGCACACUUGCCACUCUCGCUGGCACCACCGUCACGUUUAGAAAGGAUCUUGAUGGUACAGUCUCAGCCAAUGGAAUACCUCUGCGCUCAUGGAACCUGACAGCCACCAAUGGGGUGGUGCACUUGGCAGCGGAUGUCAUCCCGGAGACAGAUCUCGGUAGCGAUCCCACCACCAUCCCCAAUCCACUUCUGAGUCAGACUGAAGCUCCCAUAUUUUCUAGAUAUAAAUUAGAAGAUGUUGUUCCAAGUGUUCCCGCUGUCAGUGGACUGUAUGAAACUCCUGAUCAUGAUCCUUUCUCGAGUUUCAUCCGAAGCCCUGGAGCUCCUUCGAAAACUCAUUUUGAUAUUGACACUUCAGGACAAAAAUCUUAUGACUCACGGCAUCCAUCCGUUCCAUCUUUCCAGGAAUAUAUGGAAAGUCUAGGCUUUGUUAGUGUCCCUCCUGUAGAGAACAACAUUUAUGCUCAAAGUGAUCACAUAAUACAGAAUGGUCAGUCAUUCACGGAGCUCGGCAAUCAGCAGAACUCUGAGCAUAGUUUAAAGCUUUCCCAGUCUCAGCAGCCUGAAAGAGCAGACACUCUUCAGAAUCUUAAACGUCAACCUAUUGAAACUCAGAGUACCGAGGUCAUUACUUUUCUGGGAAAGUUUGAUGAACCCUACGAACAACAUCCAAAGGAUGAUACAUUUACCCAAGCUGGUGAAUCAUCGCAGUUUAAAAAAUAUGGUACUAGGACCACGGCAAUAUCUUCUACAAACGUACCUACACUGCCACAUAGAAAAAACACUUACCAUGACAUUAAUGCAGAAAGAAAUGAUGUAUUUGCAGCAGAUGAAAUAAACAGGCCUUUAAUUGAAACGAACCAGCCACAUCCUCAAUUGUAUCAAGAAAAUGGAAUAAACAGCUCGAAUAUUUUGGGUGUUAGUGCCAAUGAUGGCACAUCCGGUAUCAACAUUCAAGAUUUCUUCAAUGCUACACAUGCAACAGGUCAUGAGACUCUUUUUAGAAUACCAGGAGAUCGAAGAGAACCAGAAACCGUGUCCGAGGAUCAACGAAUCUGCACUAACGUUUCCGAGCAUCACGUUGCGUCAGUUCCUAUAGUUCCGGAUGGGGUGACAGUGUGGUCCCCAGCAGGAGCGGUGACGGAGGAAGAGAGAACCCAGCUAGAUGUCCUUGCCCUCUUAAAAAGACUUAAUCUCACCAGGUUCCUAGAAAUGGUAGAUAGAGCUGGACUAACGCUCACCCUCAGCCUAGAUGGACCUUGGACAGUGUUUGCCCCGAGUAACGAGGCCAUCAACACAGUCCCAGGCAGCGCUCUUCAGGAGAUCAUAUCCAGCAGACGGUUCCUGCGACGACUGGUAUCUUACCAUUUGGCACCUGGGAGAUUCACCAGCGGCAGCUCCUUUGGUCCUGGAGUACAUCUUCCCACGUUGCACGCCGGCCACACCCUCCGUCUGAACUAUUACACAGAUGGCCCUGUAGCGAGGUGGGUGGCAGGAGGCAGCAUCAUCACUGACCUGGACGAGGGGGCCACUAACGGCAUCAUACACGUCCUGGACCGCCUGCUGUACGCCCCGUACGGUGACAUCAGCACCACCCUCUCUCUCUCCCCGGCACUCACCGUUUUCGCUCAUCUACUCACCGAAGAUUUAUAUCUCAACAGCUAUCUAUCAGAACUUUUCCCAUCUACGAAAUACAAUCACUACCAUACGUUCAUUUUGCAAUGUGCUGACACAGAGUGGGUGCUGUCACACGUGGUGGAAGGCGCCUGGUACACCGCAGGUUUCUCCAACACUUGGCCGCUUUUCUCCAACGCCAACAACACGCUCAUCACAGUCCUUAUUGAUCAAGAUAUAGCAACUGUGAACGGCGUCAGGAUCAGCUACGCAGAUAUCACUGCUUCUAAUGGCGUGAUACACGUGCUUGAGUCUCCCCUUGUCACGCCGACUUAGACAAUUGCAGAAAACGUAAUUUUAGUCCUAAACGAAGUUAUAGUUUAAGUUUACGUCAAAUUAGAAUGGUCUAUUUCCAACCUUUUCUCUCGUCCUUCUAAGUUAUCUCUCCAUAAAAACCUAUUUAUAAACUAAAGAAUAUUUGGUAUGUGAUUUGUAAGUUUUAUUUUUUUCUAUGAAGAUAGGUUAAUAAUUAAGCAGGCUUUAAUCAGGUUAAAUUUACAGCCGAGUUCACAUUUCUGUUAACUAUCAGUAGUGUUUGCCUUAACCACAUGAUAUGUUAUAUACACCUAGAAGUUAAUUUAAUAAAGAGUUUAGACUGAGUUUAGAUUAUCCUCUUUCUAUGGGAUAAAUUUCUUCUUGAUUAGUGGUAAACAGCUGAAAGCUAGCCGUUAUGACCCUCGUAACGUCUGAACGUUGCCAGGCACUGUUUGUGAUCCUUUUUUCCCAGUGAGGUGAAAACCUACCUCAGGUAAACCAGCAGAUGCUUAAUCAAGGGGAUAUUAUACCGGUAUACUAGCGACUGAUCACUGAUACCCAGCACCGGUACACCUACGACUGAGCACUGAUACCCAGCAUUGGUACACCAACUUUUGCUUAAUCAUAGACUGGGUUAUCAGUUGAAAAAGACCCCUGUCAAGAGUGUCUUUCCAGUUUCCUGACGAAUGAAACGCAUGUAAACAUAAUGUGGGAAGAGUCAACCUUGGCAAACCCAGUAAAGCCACUAUAUUUUUAUUCGGAUUCCAUUUAUUUUGAAACAUUUAAACAGAAAGAUUCACGCCGUACCAAAAGAGGCUAUGAACUCAGAUUUUUCUA